GAAACCCGACUGUCAUCUACAUCAUGAGAAAUCAUCCGAAAACACACGUGUGUCGGGCGCCGCGGCAGAACUGCGAUUGAUGUAAACAACGAUAAUACUUGGAUUUUUUUUGUUACGUUUUAUAUGAAAAGCCAUCAUAAUGCAAGUGUCUAAAGCAAAUAAUGUGAAGGUUUACAACCUCAGCCUGGGUAAAUCGCUGCCAGAGUGGUUGUCAGACCGGAAGAGAAGGGCAUUGCAGAAAUCAGACAGAGAUCUGCAGCACAGGAUACAGCUGAUUCAAGACUUUGAGAUGCCCUCCGUCAGCAAUGGUGUACAAAUGACAGCAGAUAAUCAAUUUAUAUUAGCGACAGGUACAUACAAGCCACGGGUUCGCUGUUAUGAAGUCACGCAGCUGUCGAUGAAGUUUGAACGAUGCUUCGACUCGGAAGUUGUAAAGUUUCAUGUCCUGUCGGAAGAUUAUUCCAAGAUUGUAUUCCUGCAGUGUGAUCGUUAUGUAGAGUUUCACGCACGGUAUGGCCGAUACCAUCGGCUACGGAUUCCCAAAUUUGGUAGAGAUUUGGCGUACCAUGAGCCGUCAUGUGACCUUUUCCUUGUGGGAGCAAGCCCAGAGGUCUACAGAUUGAAUUUAGAACAAGGACGAUUCCUGAGUCCAUUUGUAACUGAAGCAAGUGCAAUCAGUACAUGCAGCGUUAACCCUGUACAUCACCUGCUUGCACUGGGCACACUAGAAGGAAGAGUUGAAUGCUGGGACCCACGCAGCCGGAAACAGGCAGCCAUCUUGGACUGCGCCCUGAGCAGUGUCACCAUGGAAACACAGGUCAAAGGAAUGCCCUCUGUUUCGGCACUGAAGUUCAAAGACGGCUUGCAGAUGGCUGUCGGUACAUCUACAGGACAGGUGCUCUUGUAUGACAUUCGUUCUGACAAGCCUCUACUGGUCAAAGAUCAUCACUAUAGCCUGCCCAUCCAGGCAGUGGAUUUCCACCCUCAAUCUGAAAUGGUUGUGUCCACAGAUAGCAGAGCAGUCAGGAUAUGGGAUGUGCACACUGGGAAAGCCUUCACCGCUAUUGAGCCUGAGCACAACAUCAAUGGCAUGUGUCUUGUGCCAUCUUCAGGACUUAUCCUGACUGCCAACGAAACACCCAAAUUGGGCGUGUACUUUGUCCCAAGUUUAGGCCCGGCUCCUAAGUGGUGUGCCUUCUUGGACAACCUGACGGAAGAAUUGGAAGACAGUCCCAAUAGCACCGUGUAUGAUGACUACAAGUUUGUCACCAGAACAGAGCUGGAAAACCUCGGAUUGUCGCAUCUUGUCGGCACAAGUCUACUGCGUGCCUACAUGCACGGUUACUUCAUGGACAUCAGGCUGUACCACAAGGCUAAAGCCAUCACAGAGCCCUUCGCUUACGAAGAUUACGUCAAGACCAAGAUCAAGCAGAAGAUAGAGGAGGACAGAGCCAGCCGAGUUAAAAUAAGAAAGCUACCCAAGGUGAACGCAAUGCUUGCCUCCAAGCUGCAGGAGCAACAGGAGCAGGAGCAGACCUCCAAGGCCAAGAGGGAGAAAAAGGCUGAGGCAGACGGUAUUCUUCACGAUGACCGUUUUGCAGCGCUCUUCAAGAACCCGGAGUUUCAGGUGGAUGAAAGCAGCGAGGACUUCCGGUUGCUCCACCCUGUCAUCACUAAACAGCAGAAACAGCAGCAGAAGGCAGCCCAGAAAAGAGCUAUGCUUCAGCAAUUUGAUGAGCUAGAGGAGGAAGAGGGAAGGCCCAGCGACGAGGACAGCAGCUCAGAUGACGAUGACGACCGAUCCUGGCAAGAGGAGCUCCGAAGACAGCAUCAGCAGCUGAGAGAGGAACGCAGGGCGGAGGCCAGGACCCAAGCCGCCCAAGCCGCACCCAAAUUCUACGAACUGAAGAAAGGAGAAGAGUUCAGUUCAGCUGCGGGAAGGAAACAGAUCAGCAAGAGGCAAAUGAAAACCAGUCUGGCAGACCGACUUUCCCAAGAAGACGAACAGGGAGAAGUCAAGCAAAUUGGUUCUGCCGGCAACCAACAGCUGAUAUUUACCAUAAAAAAGAGUGCUAAGGAAACCAAGCUGAAACAGGACACCAGGGAGCAUCACAUGGAACGGAAAAAACUAAGAAGAUCUGCGGGACAGCUUGCAGGCAAAUCACGGGCGGGAAAAUUUCACAGAUGAUAGUUCACUGCAGUUUUUAUUUAUUUUAAUCUUUCUGUUUUUUCUUUUUUUUAAUCUUCUAGUUUAUUGAAAUUGGACUAUUGAUAACCUUUUAUUUUGGUUGUACAUGGGGGUUGCUCUUUGAUACGACAUUACUGCACAUUGGGCACUAUUCAUGAAUGCAUAUCUCUCUGAAUAUUACAUUAUAAUAGGGGAAACUCCAGAUAGGUUUAAUUUACAUUUCUUUUGUCGACUGAGGAUGCAACUAAACAAAAUUCAUGAAUGGAACGGGGGUGUCACAUCCACACAAUCCCUUGUUCGCUACCCCCUUACUGUAACCCACCAUUUCACAGCUUUGCUCUGUGCUCUGUGCAUGUGUCCAGUAACGUCCACGGAACUGUUGCAAUCACUGCAUCAUUGUGAAAAGACCACAAUAUCAACUCCAUUGAGAAUCCAUUUUUAAACAUACCAUUUAAAGGGAAUAUACAACAUUUGUAAACAUCGAAAAAUAAAACUACCAAGUUUUUGCGAAAUACCUUAACAGGAUGUUGGUAAAUGACAGUCUAAAGCAUCCUGUAAA